AUGGUCGACUGGAAGGACGGCGAAACCAGUAGCGAGGACUCUGUGUCACCCCUCUUCAACGCCCACGACGACGAAACCUAUAUCCCGCAUACCAUUGUUGACCCCGAGUGGUGUGGCAUUGUUGCCGGAGGACCGGUGUGCUGCCACAACGUUGCUGUGCACAGGGCUGUUGUUUUUCAAGGAAUCAACACUGGCCGUAGGUUUUACGGAUGUGGUAAUGAGGAGGGAGACAAUUGUGGUCUGGUUCAGUGGAUUGACCCACAGUGGCCAGAACCCAUGAAAAAUGCACUUCGCAAACUUUGGGAUAUGUAUGAGCAGAGUAGCAAAGAGAAUGAAUCCAAAGAAAAGCUCAUAGUGAAGCUUGGAGAAGAGAAGAGGCUAAUCCAGGAGAAGCACCACAACCACAUCAAGGAAACAAGCAUUUUUUUUGCAACAGUUCACAAGAAUGUGAUGAAGGAGAAUUACAAGAAGAUUACGGAGGAUGGUGAUGUAGAAAGUGCUGUAGUUGAAGCCCAUGAAGAAAGGGCUAGGUUAGAGAAAGAGAAUAUGGAACUGAAGACAACACUCCAAGUGAUCAAGCAGAGCAAUGAUGAGUUGGUUAGUAAUUGGAAGAAUGCUGUAGCAGAGCAAGGUAUGGAACAGUUGAAGAAAGAGAAGAAAAGACUUGAGUAUAUCAUAGCUGAUUUGCUUAAGGCUGGGGAGGAGAACAAGAUGAAGACAAGGAAAAUCAGUGAAAUUUUCAAUGAGUAA